CAGAGGAAAAGAUAUUGUGUUUUUAUCUACUCUCGCAUCAUGCCUGAACCAGCGAAGUCUGCUCCCAAGAAGGGCUCCAAGAAAGCCGUCACGAAGACCGCGGCUAAAGGAGGAAAGAAGCGCAGAAAGUCCAGGAAGGAGAGCUAUGCUAUCUACGUGUACAAAGUGCUGAAGCAGGUCCACCCUGACACCGGGAUCUCUUCGAAGGCGAUGGGGAUCAUGAACUCUUUCGUCAACGACAUCUUCGAGCGCAUCGCCGGUGAGUCGUCUCGUCUCGCUCACUACAACAAGCGCUCCACCAUCACCUCGAGAGAGAUUCAGACCGCCGUGCGUCUGCUGCUGCCCGGAGAGCUGGCCAAACACGCCGUGUCUGAGGGCACCAAGGCCGUCACCAAGUACACCAGCUCCAAGUGAAGUGUGAUCUGACUCCGACAACCCCAACGGCUCUUUUAAGAGCCACCCAUUCUUUCAGUUAAAGAGCUUUGUCUUUUUUGUUUGUGGUGGGUUCGGUCAAUAAACCUAAUAACUCUGGAUAGAACCAUUUUUCCUGCUCAUCGAGACCUAAGCAAAUCCUGAAGGACCGAAUCAAUCACAGAGCGUUCGCUGCUGACACAUGGAUCGGUUUGUUCUGAAUCUGAUAGGGGUGCGUUUCCCAAAAGCAUCAGAAACCAUAAGUAGAUCUUGAAGUACACCUUAGAUCAAAAUUGACCAUUAUGUUAGCGCACAAUGCUAUUUUUGUGUGAAUAAUUAAUCACUGCAAGUCGAUUCACAAAAAAAUAAAUUGUUUUCCUUUGUGAUCUUUAACGACGGACCCUUUGUGAUGACGUCAAUGUGACCCAAGCACGCCCUCCAACGGUCAGUGCCGCGUGAGCGUUGACAGUGGGUUCUGAAUGAAACGCCUACUUAACUACAUCCAAUCAGUUCGCGGUACAGGAACAAACCACGCCCUCUGCUUUCCUCAUGCAAUAUUCCG